AUGUCUGGGGGACGUUCAGAAUUAAAUAAUUUAAAAAAUCAACAACAAUUUUUAAUUUCUGACACAACAGAACUUAGACUUAAAAGAGACAGAAAAUGGUGGAACAGAACCGCAGCUUCUUAUUGUUUUCUCUUUAUUUCCAUUAUUUUAAGCUUAUCUGUGGUAAUUGGUGUUUGUUUAUUUUUACAUUCAUUUAUUCCAAAAGAUUAUUAUAACAAAAAUAUUAUUAAAAUUAAUGAAAAUAAAACAAUAAAUUCAACAAAUAAUUCUUCAAAUAAUGAAAUAAAAUUGUUAAAGACUUUUGUUGAAUCAAUUUUAAUAUUAUAA